ACCAAUUUAAAAGUACGAAAGCGUCAUUUGUUGUAGUGAAAAGUAACGAAAAUUAGUGAAAUAAAUGUACAGUUUUUAUUAUAAUUUAUUAAUUAAUAAUCUAAAAUUUAAUUAAAAAAUAAUAAAGAAGAUUGAUAAUGAAUUUUAUGAACAGUUUAGCUGGUAAUACAUUACAAUCAGGUGAUGCGGCGAUGCAAUUAAAUAAUGUUGAAGUAUUGUAUACAAAAGUACAGAAAGUUUAUUUAAAACCGCAAUAUAAAGAGGAACGUCAACGAGAGUUGAGAGUUAAUGUUGAAAUUCAUUCAGGAAUAAGUCCCGUUUGUCGUAAGACUCUAUGUGUUCUUUUAUCUGAUGAUGAUGACCCGUGUUUUUUAUACUCAUUACUUAUCACUGAGGAUGACUUCAAAGUACUUAAAGCUCAGCAGGGAUUACUGGUGGACUUUGAUAACUUUGCUACUCAGUUGAUUCAUCUGCUGGAACAGUCACAUGGAUCAAUGAGUGGUGCUUCAAAAUCGCCACCAAAGUUUUUACUACUGUUGUCUGAAGAAGGCAAUGGUGAAUGGAUAUUCAAACUUGUUGAAACUAAUAAUUUUAAGCAUCUGUGCCAUUUGAGUUUAAAUAUAUCACCAGCCAGUGACUCCGAUAUUAAGACUCACAUGGCUAUGAAGAUGAAACAGUUGAAAGAAAGUUUAAAUAAUAAAAAUCGGGAAGUCCAUGCACUUGAGACGAGACUGAAUAAUAUUAAUGAAGAGUUGGAAUGCAGGACCAAGGAUUUUGAGCAAUUAGAGCAAAAAUUUCGAGCUGAAAAAAAUCAGCUACAAAUGACAACAACUCAUCAAUUGAGUAUUGAAAAAGAUCGACUAGCCCAGGCUAAGUUAGAAUGGCAAAGAUUGACAGAAAUAGAAAAAAUGGAGAUUGAAAGACAACACAGUGAUACGCUCCAACAACUCCAUACUGAAAACGCAGAAUUAAGAUCUCAAAAUAUUACUUAUAAAGACAAACAAUCAUUUUUGGAAGCUACAAAUAAAGAACAAGCUAAACAAUUACAAAACUUGGAACGGGAAUUAAAUUUAGCGCAACGGGAUUUAAGUCAACUUAAGAAACAAAAUUCCAAGUUGGAUGUUGACUAUCAUGAAAAAGAUAGGUACGUUAAUGAAUUAAAGACUCGGGUAGCAGUGAUGGAGCAGGAGUUAAAGGACAAAGCUAUUUUAAUCAGUAAACACUUGGAGAUGUUGAAGACAAGCAAAGAGCAAAAGCAGCAACUUGAAGAAAUGUUAGCGCAGAAAGAGAACCAGGUGCAGCGUAAACAAAAUGCACUUAAAAAUGUCAGUGAUGAAGUUAUCAAAGCUAAUGAUAUUAUUAAAAAACUACAAAAUGAUUUGGAGUCGACAAAAACAAAAUUGAAAUUACGUACAGGUAUUGCGUUGGAGCAAGAAAGACUUUUAGAUGCAAAGCAAAAAGAACUUGGUGAAAUGCAGAGUAAGCUAGAUGAACUAACGAAGGAAUUGAAAGCUACUAAGACUGAACUUGAUUCUUCGAAAGAUCAAUUAAAGAUAAUCCAAUCUCAAUUGGAAGAUAAAGAAAAAACUAUUAAAAAUAAUGACAAUGUAAUCAGUUGGUUAAAUCGACGAUUAGCCGAAUCACAAUCGCCACUUCAGAGUGCAACGACUUCGGCAGUACCUAUUAGCAUCCCAUCAACAUUCCAAUUAACUUUACCGCGUCAGAAUAAAUUUUCAACAAGUAAAUUUGAAACACGAACACCUAUCACUGGUACCACAACUACUACUACAGCAAAUCAUAGUGUACCUAUGACUGGUUUACCACUACGUAAUCCUUCGGUGUUAUUAAACCCAAGUGCCAAUCAAACAGGACGACUGACAACUACUGGUGGUCGUUCAACUGGUGUAGGUAUUACCGAUAGUACUGUUGGUAUAACAACAUUCAAUAGACCUGGACAAAUUACAAGUACAAGUACACCAAUGGAUCGUUUAAAUAUUUUAAAUAAAUUACCAGGUAAUCCAAUAACACCUACCACAACAACAGUGACAACCAAUGGCAUUACGUCAACUCCGGAUAAUAAUAAUAUGGCGAUAGGGACUGUUGGUAAAUCAAAAAGUGCUCCUGGCUCAACGACUUUUCAAGGCGGUCUGCGACGAGCCAACAGUUAUAAACCGUUAUUGCCUUCCGCGUAUUUUCCUAAAUCUUUACAUUAAUAGGCGUAGUAUUUUUUAUCAUAUACAUAUA